AAUAUUGCUUUUAUUCUCUUGCAGUAUUUGUGAUGACGCCACAAGGAAAACCGCGUACCAGCUAUCGAGUCACCGUAUCAAUUUUUUCUCUCAAUUUUCAAUAAUUCAAUGAGAUGCAACAGGAUGCCGCAGAUCUAUUGUACAAAAGCAAACACGCUAAAAGAACAUUAGCUCUGAUGCUUGAUAAUAUCAAACGUAUAAAUGAAUAUUAUUUAUGGUGUUUUUGAUCACAGAAAAGCUGGAUAAUUUGUGUUAAAAGCAAGCAUGGGAAUAUUUUUGUGGUAGGAUAAUUACUGAUGGGAUUGAUUAAAUGAGAAAUUUAUCAGUGAAUCAAGGUGAAGUGAAAUGUACUUGAUGAAAUGGUUUGCAUGUGUUAGAGAAACUGCCUAUACGGCUAUACAGGGUGGCAAAAGAGUACGUUGCCACAAUUUUUUACAAUAGCCAGGGAUAAAAGACUUAGUGUUAAUGAAAUAAAAGUGAUGAAAUAAAUUGAGACGGAAUGCAGGGGCAUUGGUGCAGCCUUAUUGUCAUCUCUAAAAUAUCUGAGUUGAAGAUUACUGUAGAGAAAAGCGGAUACAGUUUGCCGAUUAUUGAAAAUGCCUUUAUCUAAUUAUGAAAUUGAAAACUGAAGAAUAUACACAUUAUGUGCAUAAUAUCCCACGCUGUUUCAUUCUUUCUAAGAACUGUUGAACGAGAAUUAUGUGUCUUUGUAUCACUAAUUUCAUUGCGAUUUUUCGGACUUUUAACAAUUUCAAACAAAUUUGGUUUGAACUUUGAGUAAAGUUAAAAAGUUACAUGUCUGAUUGUACAGGAAACAAUGUCAACAGAGAAAGAAAUUAACACGGAAGGCAAGGGCAUUGAUGGUGCUGUUCAGAGCCUAAUUGACACCUCUACAUUGGGCGCGGCAAUAGCCGAACCAGAGGAAUUCGUUGAAGAUUACUGUGAACAAAAGCGAAUAGAGAGAAGGCGUCCUAGAAUUAAACACAUACCUAACUGUAGGGAAAAGACUACAAUCUGCAUUAAAAUAACAUGUGUUUAUAUGCUGUCAUACGUUGGGCUUACUUGUAUAGUAGUCGGAUAUUCGAUUCUAGGUGGAUUUUUGUUUCGUGCUCUCGAGGAAGCCAAUGAAGAAAGAGUUGACCAAAAUGCAUUGGAUCAAAGGCAUAAGUUUAGUAUUGACCUCGAUAAUGAUAUCAGCGAACAUUUUAGAAGCGCUUUACACAGUUUUUCAGACCCAGUAGUUGCAAAACUUCGUGAGAAUGCAUUGGCAAUUAUAAAAGAUGAAAUUGAAACAAAUAUGGAGAAAUUUAAAAAUGAUGUGACACAGCAGUUUAAUUUAAACGAAAGAAACCAAACUGAUUAUAGAAAUCAUCAAAAUCAAAGUCAUCAAGAUCAAAACCAUUUGCGAGGCCUGCUAAGAAGCAAACAAGACCAAAUCGAGGAUGCGUUCAGAGUUUUUGGCAACGACUUGGUAAACGAUACCGUCAAAUCUAUUAGAACUAGAUUAUAUAAAUCAUUAUCUGUAAAGGAUUCCUUAAAACAUUCUCUUAAAUACAACAAGUUUAAAUUAAAUACAAGCAAAAUUCAUAAGUUUCAGUUAGACACGUAUGAAUUAGUAAACAGAGACGGUUGGAAUGGAGUAGACCCUGAUUCUGAGGAAGGCGCUAAAUGGACCUACGCUGGUGGUCUGUUAUAUGCUGUUACUGUUAUAACUACGAUAGGCUAUGGUACAAUCACACCAAAGACGGACGCAGGGAGGGCUGUCACUAUAUUAUACGCUCUUAUCGGAAUACCUCUAACUGUACUGUGCAUCACAAACAUUGGAAGAGGAAUGGCGUCAGUCUGCCGCGCAAUUUAUGGCGGGACUUUCUGCGUAGAAUGCCGGCAACAGUUUUUCAAUUCAUUAAAAACACGUCGCCUCAGCAGCAUUGCAACGGACGACUUUGAGCUUGAAAAAGUGAAUCAAGAUGGCGUAUCGGAAACGGAAGUAGUUAUACACAAACACCAAGAGGUUCCGAUAUUCAUCAGUCUAAUCCUCGUGACACUGUAUAUACUUUUUGGCGCCAUAAUGUUCAAAUUUUGGGAGGGUAAUUGGAAAAUUUUUGAGAGUGCAUAUUUUUGUUUUAUAACAUUGAGCACUAUCGGAUUUGGUGAUUUUGUACCAGGAUUUUCUGACAAGGAUUGGGACAAUCAAGUAAAGCAGGUUGCAUGCUCUUUAUAUUUGUUAAUUGGUCUUUCUACCCUAGCUAUGUGUUUUGACCUUAUGCAACAAAGGGGCAAAGAAAUUGCAAACCAGUUUGCAAGUUUUAUUGGUCUUGUCAGAAAAGAUAAGGCGGAUAGGCAUGAGAAUCACGUGUAGUUACCAUUUUAAACGUUAUUGUCCGGAUGUUUGCAUAUAAAUCUUCUGAACUUUUUGAUGCGUUUUAUAUAAUAUUUAUAUUUAUACAUGUGCUUUGUGAAGCUUGUUACAUUUCAAUAAAUUCUACA